AUGAGACGAAUAAUCCAUCCUUCACGUCCAGGAUUAUCACCAUCACGUCCAGAAUCAUCCAUCACGUCUAGGAUUAUGACGAGUCUUGGGUCUGAUUGGAUGGCUCUGAGACUAAACGGCAGUUGUAGCAAUGGAAGAGUCUAUCUUCGCCGAGACUGGAAGAAGAAAAGUCGCAAUCCAACGAAGAUCAAGUUAAUAUUUUUCUUCAUUGCCAUCUCUCACUUGACAGUAGAUUGCCGCCGUAUAGCAUUCUCAAAUGAUCUAGUGUCCGGAUAUUAUCAAAAGAAGAGAUGGAUAAAUCUGAACGUCAAAGACAACACUGCAAAAUCAGAUGAUGUGUAUACUCAGACGCAAAGUAUGGCAUCACAACCAGAAUAUCACAAUGAUGCAAUAACUCAGGAUUUUCAAGAAAUAGAGAGCAGACGAAACCGAGCUCAGACUGCAAGGCUAAAGAGUUCUCCGAAUAAAAAUUCACAGAAACGAAAGUUUUUUAGCACUGAAAAGCAAAGGGACACUUUGCUAGAUGAGAAACCUGAAACAUCCACGCGUUGUAAACCAUGCGAAAAUACCGAAGAAUUUGGCUUAGAAGAUAAUUUUAAAAAUAUUCAGCAAGGAAAAAAUCUGCACUUGAAGCCAGCUUUCCCGUGUGACGAAUGGAAUGAAAAAACAUAUACUUGCUGGCUGAAUAGAAACAUUGGAGACACUGUAACUUUUGUUUUAUCCACCAAAGCUCCACGUGGUGUAAUUCCUAAAAUCAUCUGGAAGUUUGAAUUUCAGAUGUUGCACUCGAAAGCCACUAAGGAAUUUAUUAUUGAUCCGGAUGCUGUAGAUCAUGAUGUUAUUUGUAAUGAUAUUCCAAGCAUAAUAUAUGGUUCUUGGAUUCAUGAAUUAGGAAAUGAAGAAAUACGUUUAACUGAUACCUAA